AUGCCCACCUCUACCAACCUAACAAUCCCAUUCCUCAUUGUCCUCGCCAACAUGAUCCCCCUUGGGGCCCUUGGGGCCCUCGCCCCCACCCCACCCCUCCUCCCUACACCCCCCAUGGGCUUCAACAACUGGGCCCGGUUCAUGUGCGACCUCAACGAAACCCUCUUCACGCAAACAGCUGACGCCAUGAGUGCCAACGGCCUCCUCGCCGCCGGCUACAACUGGAUUAACCUCGACGACUGCUGGAUGACCAAGACCCGUGCCCCGAACGGCUCCUUACAAUGGAACUCGACCCUCUUUCCCCACGGGAUUCCUUGGCUCGGUGAAUACGUCAAGGCACAAGGCUUCCGCUUCGGCAUCUACGAAGACGCCGGCAAUCUCACCUGCGGCGGAUACCCCGGCUCACUAGACCACGAAUUGCAGGACGCCCAGACCUUCGCAUCCUGGGGCGUCGAGUACCUCAAGCUAGACGGCUGUAACGUCUUCCCCGCGGGCACAGAGGGCCGAAUAACCCUACAAGACGAAUACAAGCACCUCUACGGACUCUGGCACGACAUCCUCACGGGUCUCGAUCAACCACUCAUCUUCUCGGAAUCCGCCCCCGCGUACUUCGCACACAACCCGUCCCUCUCGGACUGGUAUACCGUCAUGUCCUGGGUCCCGGAGUACGGGGACCUAGCGCGGCACUCGACCGACAUCCUAGUAUACGCGGGCAACGGUAGUGCCUGGGCCAGCGUGAUGGAGAACUACGAGUUCAAUACGCGGUUGGCGAGAUACCAACGUCCGGGGUACUUCAAUGAUCCAGACUUCCUGAUCGCCGAUCAUCCUGGGUUGAGUUUGGAUGAGAAACGAUCGCAGUUUGCGCUGUGGGCUUCGUUUGGCGCGCCGUUGAUUAUAAGCGCGUAUGUGCCUGAUUUGACGACAGAUGAGUUGGCGUAUUUGUUGCAUAGAGGAUUGAUUGAGAUUGAUCAGGAUGGGAUGGCGCAGCAGGCAACACUGGCGAGGAGGGAUGGGAGUGUGGAUGUGUUGACGAGGAGUUUGGAGGGAGGAGAUCGUGUGGUGACGGUUUUGAAUCGGGGGGAUGAGGUGGUGAGGAGGAAGGUGUCGGUUGAAUGGCUGGGGUUAGAGAGGGACUGUGUAUAUGAGGCAGUGAGGGUGUGGGAUGGGACAGAAGUGGAAGUACAGGAGUUUGUGGAGGUGGAGUUGGCGGCGCAUGCGACGGAGGUUUACAGAUUGCGGCUGCCGGAGGACUGCAAAGACGUCAUUCCAACGGGCAUGGUGUUCAAUACCGCGUCGGGAAAGUGUCUGACGGGGAGUGAGCAUGGAAGAGUGUCAAUUGAAAGUUGUAAGGGAGAGGAAUCUCAAGGUUGGCAGGUUCAUGCGUCUGGUCAGUUACGUCUGCUGGCGCAGCUGGACAGGUGCCUGAGUAGCGACGGGAAGUCUCUCUUGCUCGAGCCAUGCCGGGAUGCAAGUCACCAGAGAUGGUCCUAUGGAAUGUCAGGGAACCUUAGGAACGUCAAGACAGGGAGAUGUCUGACGGAGGGAACGGGAGUCGACAAAUGUGGCGUAGAGUUGGACAGGCAGGUCUUUGGGUUGCCAAGUGGCGUGCAGGUCCAAGACAAAGAAUAG